AUGGGGAGGUCACCCUACUUGUCUAGCCCGGAAUCAAUCCAGAUUUCGCGUCUCGCCGUCGGUAUGAAUCAUCAAAGCCAUCUGUUGUUUAAUGUUCAAUGUACCUUCUCGACAAAGUUCAAGCUAAUCACGGGAAUCAUUUCACCUAUCACGACUUCUUCACUCGACAUAAGCACUGGCUGA